AUGUUGGAUACUACAGCAGUCCGCCGCUACCUGCAGCUCGUUCACAAGGGCUACGAGGAAUACUCCAUCUCAUCUCAAUUGGCGUCCCUACACCACCAACUACAACUAAAUGAAGGGACCAUGACAGAAAAAAUGGGUCGUCAUUAUAACUGCCUGCACCACCAGAUGUACGUCGUAAGGAGAAAGGCGGAGGAACAAUGUAGACGGGUCACUAAUGGAUCGGUGCCCUGGUCUCCUAAGAUGCAACAGUUUUGGGACCGUCAAUCCUUGUGGAAGAUUCUUUUGAAGGGGAGGAAGGGUUGCCGGGUGAGUUCGCGUAAAAUCCGCCGAUUGAUGAAGAAGGUUGGGAUACCGGACGCGUGGACGAAGACGACGACGGAAUUGGAGGUCGCCCUCCGUCAGGACCGGAAAGAAUACCGUGAGGCUAAGACCCAUUAUGCUGUGCAGUGGCGCAAGGAAUUUUUGACUGUGCAGGCGGCGAAGUCCAAAAAGAAACAAUGGCGGUCGCGAAAGGCCAGAGACCGUUUCCUGAGGUUACCGCGGAUGAAGCAACGGGAGGAGGCGAGACGUCGACGCCGCGCCCAGGCAAAAGGAUCUACUGGGGGAUUACAUGCGAUUCAAGUCGAAGAGAGGCUGCCUUCAGGUGAAGUGGGCUUGCGGACUGUCUCUGAAAGGAGUCAAGUGGAACAGGGCUGCAUGCAGGAGAAUUGCGCACGGUAUGAUCAGACCAGAUCGCCUCAUGUGACCCCUCCAAUAUAA